UGAUUGGUCCAAGCUGGGUCACGUGUCCGGGCUCCGCGUCGGUUGCUCCGCCCUCUCCCCCUGUCCUACAGACGAAGGCAUGGCGAGCACGGAGGCCAGAAGGGAGUGUGAGACGGAGGGCUGCAGCAAGGACGCCAAACUUCAGUGUCCGACAUGUAUCAAGCUCGGUAUUCAAGGCUCCUACUUCUGUUCGCAGGAAUGUUUCAAGGGAAGCUGGGCAUCUCACAAGUUGCUACACAGAAAAGCAAAGGAAGACCAGCACCAGACUGAAGGUAAGAACUGUGUGGAGAAGGACACCAACACAGACCCAUGGCCAGGAUAUCGUUACACUGGAAAACUACGCCCAUACUACCCACUGACUACCACGAGACUUGUUCCAGAUGACAUCCAAAGACCCGACUAUGCGGAUCAUCCCAGAGGGAUGUCUGAGUCUGAGCAGUUCUUGAAAGGGACAUCUCAGAUCAAGAUCCUCUCUCCUGAGGACAUCGAAGGCAUGAGAGUGGUGUGCAAGCUGGCUCGAGAAGUCCUGGACAUUGCAGCCAUGAUAGUGAAACCGGGGGUUACUACAGAAGAAAUCGACCAUGCUGUUCAUCUGGCCUGCAUAGAGAGGAAGUGCUAUCCCUCCCCUCUCAACUACUACAACUUCCCCAAAUCCUGCUGCACAUCUGUCAAUGAAGUCAUCUGCCACGGCAUCCCUGAUAGAAGACCGCUGCAGGACGGAGAUAUCCUCAAUGUGGACAUCACUGUCUACCACAACGGUUUCCAUGGCGACCUGAAUGAAACCUUCUUUGUGGGAGAGGUGGAUGAAGGAGGGAAGAAGCUGGUUCAGACUACAUAUGAAUGCCUUAUGCAAGCCAUCGACUCUGUGAAGCCCGGCGUUCGCUACCGAGAGCUGGGGAACAUCAUCCAGAAGCACGCCCAGGCCAGCAGCUUCUCUGUUGUCCGAAGCUACUGCGGCCACGGCAUCCACAGACUCUUCCACACCGCUCCCAACGUGCCACAUUAUGCCAAAAACAAAGCAGUUGGAGUCAUGAAGCCUGGUCAUGUGUUCACCAUUGAGCCCAUGAUAUGUGAGGGUGGCUGGCAGGACGAGACGUGGCCCGACGGCUGGACGGCGGUGACCAGGGACGGGAAGCGGUCGGCUCAGUUCGAGCACACCCUGCUGGUUACGGAGACCGGCUGUGAGAUCCUCACCCGCCGCCUGGAGGACAACGGACACGCUCAUUUCCUGAGCCAAAUGUAGGCUUUACCGGAACCGGCGCCUUGGACUGGACCUGUCCAGACACCCAGCACCGUUGGGUCUCUCACACAAACUUACUCACAACUCAAAUGAAGAGGCGCUACUCCCAGAGCUCUGUGGGAACUCGGCUCUCACGACUCUUAGAAAUUAAAAUCGGUUCCUCAAAUGAAAUGGAAGUACUUGAAUGUGUCUUAAAUAAGAAGAUUGCUUUAUUAGUUAGAUCUGUGUCCUCUGGAGGAAAUGGAAGAGUAUUUAUGACAUUGAGUUUUCACCAGUCCUGUGGUAUCUCUGGAACAUUUGAUCCAGCAGCUUGUUUAGCUCAGAGCAAACUCAGAUAGAAACAACCCAAUUCACAUCUUUUCUGUCAGCCUCUGCUAAUCUACUACUGCCAGAGACGGGCCGAAAAGGUGCCACAGUACCGAGGCGAAGGAGAGACCAGACCUGGGACUAGAAACAAAUGGCAGCCCGUUUUAAUACAGCCCAUACUUUACCAGAACUUAGAGGAAACUUUCCUGAAUUCAGCUGGUACUGUUCAAAGUUUCAGUACCAGAGGCUUUCCUGGAAUGUUCAUAGAACUCACUGGGUACUUUCAGGAACCAGGUUCUCCUUGAAGUUCCUUUUGAGGAGACUCUCCAGGACUUGUAACGUUGGGAGAAGUACAGACUGUAUUAUUUAUGUUACUAAAUGAUUUGGGCCUAAAAUCUUCAGAGGUUCAGGUUUGUGUUUCGAGCUUUAAAUCUUUAGUUCAUAUUUCUGGACAGAAGGAAGAUCCAAGCUGCUCUCAGAUCAGUUAGUGGUGACAUGAGCAGCCGGAGAAAUGGCAGUUCUGGUUGGAGACUGAUGGGCACAGCUUUAAAGUAUUUAACAUAUCAUUUGUUCGCUUAAGAGAAAUAAUCAAACACAAACUUAUUCAGUGUAUCAAGAUGUUUGAUGUAAUGUGUUUGAUACACGCUUCGUAUUAACAUGCAGACGUUAAGGAAAAUAAGCAGCAGUGAGGUCUUUAAGAUCCUGUCUUGGUCGUAUUUACCUGUUCAGUACACCACCCUAACCCUGCUAUAGUUGGUCAGUACUGCAUGGCCACUGGCCCUCAGCAGCAGCUUAGAAAACUGCUGGUGUUGCAGAAUUAGAGCAUCUGCAUGAAGGAGGAGGACGUUCUGAACCUUCUCUCUGGUGGUCUUUGGUACCAUAAGCCCCAGUGUAGCAAAAUGAGCCUUAACACAUGGAUUUGUGAUCUGAUGCUUGCUGGAUAUCUGAAGAUCUGAGAUGUGCUGUUUUGACUGCUCCUUUCACCUUCAUUCUGUGGUCACCCUUUGCAUCUUUGUGAGGAGCAGCAUUCUUUAUUUCUGUCUCAUCAGAGGAGUGAUGUGAUCAUUGUUUCUCUGCACUCUUUGUACUUCUAGUGGAGUAAUAAAUGACUCUUCUGUU